CUUACGUUUCCUUCUAAAACGGCUCACGUGUGUGAAACCGGGUUGGAUCCUGGCGGCAAACUCAAUCAUUGCUUGCAGGUUGCCACAUCAAGACCACAGGGGAGCAGAGGGGACACGGGCUGGGACUCGAGGAAGGGCUCGCUUCCUUCAUUCCUGAAUUCUGAGUUUACUUUAAACACCCGCCUCGAUUGCAAGCGAACUCUCCCUGCGAGAGAAAGAGAGAGAGUGGGAGCGGGAGCCGGAGAGGGAGCGACACUGCGAGCGCGUCUGAAUGGCAUGUAGUGGGAAGAAAGGGCGAGCGGAGCCGGACAUUCAACAGGGAAUAAACUUAUCCCAACUCACAUCGCACCACCAGUAAACCGAGGAGAAACACCCAGAGAAGGUUGGUCCAGUCCCACGCUGCCAGAGGGCAGGAGGACCUGAGAGAGAGUAGGCAGGAGUUGGCGCUUGGCGGCCCCAGUCCUACUGCACCAUGGGUAACUUCGCAAGCAAGGAUGGUCACAGUCCUGCAGGAGGGGCCCAUUCAGACUUGUUCCAGACACCCCCUACCUCUCCGCUCAGCUCAAAUGUUCAGGGGCUGCCCUUUCCUCCAGCCAGCGCCCCAGGGCAGUCAGAUGGGUCAAAGGCAGGGGGUGCAAGGGGAGCACAGAAGGAGCGUCAAGCAUCGAUUCAGAAGCCUUCCCUGCCGGUGACCCCAGAGCGGGCCGUGAUUGGUCCAGGCCGCAGCGCCUCGUCGAACAGGAAAGGAAGUGAUGGAGACGGCGGGCGGUCGCCGGGAGGCCGCAGCAGCCAAUUGAGUGAACCCAGAACCCCUGUGUCGUCAUCCCCAGGGGAAUGCCCCGCCCCUACCUGCACCCAAUCAGAGCUGAGCUGGCAGGAGAAGGACAGCGGGCUUGAGCAGUCCCCAGGAGCUGAGGACAGAGACAGUGAUGGGGACUCGUUGUCCAUAAAGAGGCUGCUGGAGGAGUACAGGAGCUCUCUGGGUUUGAGUCCUGGGCAGGACGGAGCAUUGAGCGCAGCAGAUCUGCUGAGACGUGUCCUUGCAGAGAGGGAACGGCUGAUGGAGGAGGUGCAGACUCUGAAGGAGACCAUGAGGGCCGAGAGAAAGGAGUGGCUGCAGUUCCAGUCCGACCUGCAGGUGGCAGUAGCGGUGGCAGACCGACUGCACCAGGAGGCAGCGGAGGAGCUGAGCAUGCUCCGCGGGGCCCAGGGGGACGUGGAGCAGCAGCUGGCCGCGGCGCAGCAGAGGCAGCAGGAGGCGGACAGGGAGGUGGAAUCCCUCAGAGCUGAGCGCAAGGAGACCUGCCGGAAACUGUCCGCCUUGACUUUGAGCCACCAGCAGGCCAUGGCGGAGCUGGACAAGCUGAGGGACCGAGGGGGGACGCGGGGAGGGAGGGGGGCAGACGGGACGGAGAGGCCCCGGGACGAGGGCGAGAGGACGGAGGGGAGGAACAGGGGAAGGGGGGAGGGGUCUGUCUCCGAGGAGCCGCGGAUCGAGGGCAGGGGGGUGGCGGAGAGCUACCUGCAGAGCGUGGCGGCCGAGGAGAGGAAGAAGGAGGAGGGGCGGGGGUCACGCAGGGGAGUGGUGGUGACAGAAAGGUCCAGGAGCCUGUCCAGACUCCCGCUGUUCUCUACCUCCCCCUCCGUGGUGAAUGGUAGCUCCCAGCCCGCCGCUUCUACGUCGCCCGGACCCCUCAGCAAGAACAGAAGCACAGCCAGAGGGAGGACAGCUGACCGGAACUCAGAACAGCAAGAAAGCGGGUCCACAGGCAAACAAGAGGAGGUGGCGUCACUCAAUCAGCACAAUGCAACACCCACAGACGCCACAGACCCGCCCAACAAGGUCAUCAGUGCGGUCAGGAAUCAGGAUGGCUUCAGUACGCUGUUGCGUCGCCAUGGCGGCUCUAAGAGGAACUCGCUCCUGCGCUGGUGUCAGAGUCGCACACAGGGGUACAAGAACAUUGACAUCACCAACUUCAGCAGCAGCUGGACAGAUGGGCUGGCUUUCUGUGCAGUGUACCACUCCUACCUCCCGUCACACAUCCCCUACAGCAGCCUGAAUCCCGCAGACAAGAGAGAGAACCUGAGCCUGGCGUUCCGCACUGGGGAGAGCGUGGGAAUCAAGGCCUCACUGACCGUAGAGGAGGUCCUGAGAGCGGGAGGUCCUGACUGGCAGAGGAUUCUGGGAUACGUGGAGAGCAUCUAUCGCCAUUUUGAGAUGUGACACACCCUCUUGAUCUACAGCCCGAGCUGGAGGGGGGGGCGGAUACACCAACCUGCCACCAGGAGGCAACAUAAACUGGCACUUAGCCUGUGAAGAUAUCAGCCACACUGUGAAAAGACCUCGGACUGGCCUUGAGAUGGAUGUACACCUCCUGAGUGGCUGUUUUGCCAUUGGACGUCUAUAUACGAUGACCUUGUCAGGCCCGCUGUGUUUUUUUUUUCCAGCCGAGCUGAAGAAUCACCAGCUGUAAUUGAACACAUGAACCAAAGCCAUUUUUUCUCAAAGCUUUAUCACCUGGCUUUAUGGAUGCAUUUUAACUGUCCAGAAUGCACUUAAGAGCAACGGUCCCUAAAAACUGAAAGGAUCCGAUUCAACUCCUUUUGUGGAAAACGCAGGACAAGACUGCUUACACAUCAGCAGCAGCAUUUGGUGGUUGCCAGCAAUGGGUAACGGAUACCACGUCGAAAGAAAUCCUGUAUUUUCUCCAUUGUACAUUACGUGUUUGCUUGGCUCCUGGUUAUUUUUAAUGCCGUAGUUCAGGGAUGCUGGCUUUUAUGAGUCCCAUUUUGCAAGUUACCCACUGAUAUUUGUCUUGUCUCAGAGGUACAACAACUGUAUAGUCCUCACACUUCACUAUUACUCAACACUGUUGCCUUAUAACACUGUUUUCUGUUGUAGAAGAGUAUUUUAUGCCAAUUGAAUGUCUGUCAGGGGAGUCGCUGACAUGUGCAUUUCAGAUACUGAAGUUCGAAUGCUAUGUGCUGAAACCCUCAUGUGUUGUUUGCCAUACUGGUCCUUAGCUGGUCACUGUCUGUACUUGUUUUUUCUUUCUGAACAAAGUAGGUGAAGGUCAUUCCAUCUCCUUUCUAUUCUGUUAUGUGCACAUCUUAGCCAGUAGAAGGCAGGGCACUGGUCAUGAGUUAUUGUGUCGUGGGUAAGCACUGCUCCCCCCCCCCCACACACAUCUCAGUUUGCCGUAUUCUGUUUUCUCUGCCGUGUCCCCUUUCAACAGUUGACUGAGCGGGACGCCCCUUCUGUUCUG